UCAAAGCAUGCAGCAUAUGUCACCACCUAUGCAUAAGAUGAGAGACCGAGUUCUGAUCUACCUUCUACUAGCAUGGCUCCUGCUUAUCCAUUAUCAACUCCAGGGAUCCGAAAUCAGUUAUCAAGCUAUUGACUCAGUGCCAACAGUUCACUUAAAGUUCAGCAGACCUAGAAGCCUAAUGCCGAGGUCACGUGUUAGAAAUGCAUUGCCUACCUGGGUUGAAAUGAAGAAGAUUCAUAAAUCCCCAUCUGGACCCAACCCAGUCGAAAAUCGCUGGUCACCAUCUAAACACUAAGGUGACACAAAGCAGAAUAGAAGUAAGAUGUCUCUAUGUAGGUUUUUGUGCUUGUACAAAAAUGAAUUUUACUUUGUAAGGUUCAUGUGAGAAAGCAAGUAUCAAUGUACUACUAUAUGCUUCUAUCAUGUAUUAAAAGUUCUAGAUGAGUUAGUCCUGGUUCUCUCACCUAGUAAAGAGUAGUUUUGUGUGCAAUGGUAUGUUCAGUUUUCUUCAGUCAGAA